AUUCGAACAAAUGGAGCUGGCACACCCGUGUGCAUGCAUGUGGUGGGAAUGUGGGCUCUGUAAUAGUGGAUUACUUUGCAUUUGUGCUUACAGUACAUCGAGUAGGAGAUAAGGAGGAAACAUCAAUGGCGGCACUUGACGAUGGAGACACAGCCAAACUUGUCGAACGAAAAAAGGUCUCGGAAAAGACUGGCCAGGAGGGAACAUUUAAGACCAGGAUUGGCAUUGCCCUGACCUGCAUAGGAUGCAUGGUGGGAACGGGAAAUAUCUGGAGAUUUCCUCGAAUCUUAGCCAUCAAUGGAGGCCAACAUGGCUGUCUGCAAUUCUUGAUGGUGUGGGUCCUCUUCCUCUUCUUGUGGUCCAUUCCCAUGCUGGUCAUCGAGUAUGCCAUGGGCCGCUACACCAAACGCUCCACUAUCGUCUCCUUCCAGCAAAUGAUUGGUGACAACAACAUGUGGGGCGGGGCCUGGAUUGCCAUGGUUACCCUGGGCAUAACGGCAUUUUACUCCGUGAUUGUGGGUUGGUGUAUUUACUAUCUGUUCUACUUUAUGACCAAUCAACUUCCAUUGUCAUCUGCUGAAAGCCAAGGCAUCUUCAAUUAUUUUGUAGAGGAUUCUUGGUGGCCCGUACUGUGCCACUUUGUCACCAUCCUCUUUGGGGCUGUCUCGGUGGCCUGGGGUGUCAAGAGCAUCGAGUUGGCCAACUGCAUCAUGGUUCCUCUCUUCCUUCUUCUCCUGCUCUUCACGUUCAUCUGGAGCAUGACAUUGGAGUAUGCUGGCCGUGGCCUGAAAUUUAUGUUCUCACCAGAUUGGGCACAGUUCCAGGAGCCUCGGAUGUGGGUUGACGCCAUUACCCAGAAUGCAUUUGACACAGGGGCCGGCUCGGGACUGUUUGUCUCGUAUGCUGCUUUCAUGACAGCGAAAAACGGCAUCGUUCGCUACGCCAGCCUAGUGCCACUUUGUAAUAAUGCUAUCAGCCUCUUCUGUGGAAUGUUGACCUUUUCCACUGUUUUUGCAACCGGAAUCCAGAAUGGGUCAUCCACCGAUGAAAUCAUUGAACUUUUAAAACAGAAUGGACCGGGAAACACAGGACUAACCUUUGUGUGGAUGCCUGUCCUGUACAACCAGAUCAAUGGCGGCCGAGUUUUGAUGGUCUUUUUCUUCUUUGCACUCUUACUGGCCGGUUUCAGCUCCCUCGUGGCCCAGCUGGAGCUGUUCGUCCAUAACGUCAAAGAUUUUGGAGUGUCCAGAAAGAAAGCAACUCCAGCUGUAGCCAUUGUGGUGUUUCUGUUGGGGCUUGGGUCUGCUCUGAACCUUGACUUCCUUGCCAACCAGGAUUUUGUCUGGGGUUUUGCUCUGCUCCUGUCUGGAAUGGCCUUGCAGUACCUGAUCAUCCGCUUUGGCGCCAGACGUUUCCGCCAAGAGCUGGUCAAUGAUUUCAGUGAGAGUGAUUGGCCACUACCUCUCAUCUGGGAAUGGAUCGUAAAGUUUAUUGCACCUUUGGAGGCUGUAGCACUGAUUGUUUGGUGGACUGUCACAACAAUACGAGAAUCAGACCCAUGGUAUGGUUUCUCCACAGGGAGUUUCAUGACGACAGUUGUGCAGUGGAUGGGCUUUUUUGGUCUCAUCCUACUUUUGAAUUUGCUGUACGUGAAGGUUCUCAAACAGUACAUUCCUAUACCCAAAGACGAUUCGGGGUUGCCCAUGCCCUCGACGAACAACGUGGAUGAGGGCAAUGAUGGAAUGUACAAAACUUUCAAUGAAGAGACACCUCAAUGAAGAGGGUGGAUGUAUUGGCUGAGUGCUCCACCUACAUCGAGGAUGAUGUUUGUCCUUGACAGCCAUGAUGCCAUGUGUCCACUGAUUUAGGUUUCAUUUUGGACUACUGCCGAUCAUAUCUCAACUUCUGGUGGCAAACGGACGUGUUGUUGCCCACAAUGGUUGGCAUGAAUGAUCUAGAUUACUACGGGUUUAACGUGCUACUUUCGUGGCAACAUCCUUUUGUGUGUGUAUUUCUGUAUAAAAUAAGAAGAGCCCUAUGAAGCAUGGUUAAAACAUAGCAAUCAUGGAAACAAGCCCAAAUCUAGAUGCAAGAGAGGUAAAUUGAAAACUAAACUAUACAUCAAUAAAGAAAGGGUAAAAUUCACCAUAAAACCUUCAGUGGGAAAUACAAAAAUACAGUGAACUGCCUGCUUGCUACGGUGGCCUUAAAUAUGAAUUGGAAAAGUUAGGAGUUCGACAUUUCAAUCCCAGCAGAAGUUUCUCAUUUAUCUUCCAUUUUGUUUAGCUAUUCUGUAACUUUUUGAAAGAAUUACAUUUUAACCUUCAGAGAAUAAGACUGUUUAUUGUUCUCAGAAUAAAUAUUUUUUGUACGGGCGAUUCACAAUAGCACGCCAUCAAGAGUUUGCAACGCAAUAGCCAAUCACAGUGAGUGAAGUCUGUCGACCCAAUGCGCGUGUGGAAAUGGUCGACAGAUUUUACGCGUUGUGAUUGGCCAACGGGAUGCAAACUCGCGGAGGCGCAUUAUUGCGAAUCGCCCUUACUGUGCUCAUGUUCUGAAUAUACUUCGCUUAUGCAGAUUUAGAAAAGCAGCUUGUAAAAGCUUGUACGUCCCACAGUGGCUCCUAAGUUACAGUGACUUUGAUUUGAGGAAGUGCAAUCGUGUUUUGUGCAAUUAAUGCAUCGUAGGAUGCCCACUGAUGUUCGUUAAAAAUGGUAUUUGUAUUAAAAUUGAUACGUUUUUCUGGGGAUCUGAUUUCCAGUGGAGCUGUUUGUAUAUCUUGUUUAUAGGCAUAUUUGUGUGUCAUUUUUUUUUACGUCAGCAGUACGAAAUUUGCUCGAUGUGUUUUGUGUGUCCUUGUAAUUAUAAACCGAGUUAGAA